AUGGGUGUGAAGACGUUUGUGGACGGACUGCUGAAAUCCCACAAGGUCGUUGUAUUCGCCAAAUCUUACUGUCCUUAUUGUAAAAAGACGAAAGCUGCGCUUGAAGCGCAGCACAUCAAGCCGGGAGCGCUAGAAUGGAUAAAUAUCGAUGGACGAAAUGACUGCUCAGAAAUUCAAGAUUAUCUUCAGUCGCUGACCGGAGCACGUUCAGUACCUCGAGUGUUCAUUGACCAGAAGUUUUUCGGUGGAGGUGAUGAUACGGCAGCCGCAGCGGAUAGCGGAAAACUCGCCCAACUUCUCAAGGAAAUUCAGGCAGUCUAA